UGUUCGUUUAGUUUAAACUUUAAUAACGAAUCAUCAGCACAUAUCCAUCGACCAUCGAGUCGUAUCGGUCGUCGGUUUUUUCGGAAAAUAAGAAGAGCAAAGAACAAAAAAAGCAAGGAAACGGAUUAAUAUUUGAGAUUCAAAUUUUUUUUUGUUAUACAAAGUAAUUAUUGUUUUUUUUUUUUUUUAAUAAAAUAAUUUUCUUCAGGACAAUUCAAUGAGAACAUCGAAAACUAUUCUAUGACAAGAGAGCGAGAGAGAAAAAGGACAUAGUUAUUUUUUUUUAAUUUGGUUCAACAAAAAAAAAACUUUUAUUUUUUUUUUAAAUUUAAGUUUAAAGGAAUAUACAAACAAAAGGAAUAUACAAGAAAAAGAAAAAAAAGAAAAUAAUAAGCAAAGGACUGCAAAAAAACAAAACUUCCUUUAUAUGUCACCCUAAAUUUUUUUAUUAAAUUCCAUUUUAAUCAGCAUGGGAGUGGCUGAAGACUUUGCUCCCAGCUUUGUUAAGAAGCCACAGCUUCGACAAGAAGACGAUGGCAAUCGUUUAAUAUUUGAAUGUCAAUUACUAUCAUCACCAAAACCAGACAUUGAAUGGUAUCGCAGUGAAACACUUCUAAUUGAAGAUGCUAGAACAAAAUUUAAAAUUCAAUCAAUUGGUGAUAAUAAAUUCACUGUAGUAUUAGAUCUCGACGAUGUUGUUGAAACUGAUGCUGGCCUUUAUAAGGUUAAAGCCAAGAAUAAACUAGGUGAAGUGUCAGCAUCGAUCAAUUUGAAUUUUAGCCCGGCUGACGAACCGAAGGAAAGACAAAUCGACGGUUUCGCACCGACAUUCACGAAAAAACCAGCCAUCCGACAAGAGGAUGAUGGUAAACGCCUGCUUUUCGAAUGCCGUGUUAAUGCAGAUCCAAAACCAACAAUCUCAUGGUUCCAUAAUGGGACCGCUGUUAAAGAAUCACCAAGACAUAAACUAACUGUGGACAAAGAUGGACAAUCUUAUUUUGCAUCGCUUGAAAUAAAAAAUGUUACAGUUGAAGAUGCUGGAAAAUACAAGGUCAAUGCAAAGAAUGAGCUCGGUGAAAGUAAUGCAACAAUUAGUUUAAACUUUGACAGCGAUGAGGCUCCAGUUCCAGAUGAUGGAAUUAAACCAACAUUCACAGAACGGCCAGUUAUAAGGCAAAGCGAAGAUGGCGGAAAUAUAACAUUUGAAUGCAGAUGUGUAGGCGAACCCAAGCCAACAGUUACUUGGUAUCAUCGAAAAGAAGAAUUAAGAGAAGGAGGCCGUUACAAGAUAUCACUGGAAGAGGAUCAAAAAUUAUAUCAUAUGGCAAAAUUAGAAAUAACAAAUGUAGUUUCUGGUGAUCAGGGCGAAUAUCAAACGAAAGCCAGAAACAAACAUGGUGAAGGUGUUGCAACGAUAAAUUUAAAUUUCGAAGGUGGUUCAAAAAAAAUUCCCGAUGGAAAAUCUCCACGUUUUCCAAAGAAACCGACAAUCCGACAAGAAGACGACAUUCUUAUUAUGGAAUGUAUAUUAGAGGCACAUCCGGUGCCAGACAUCACAUGGUAUCGAGGGGAUAAGCAAAUCAACGAUUCAACAAGAACUAAAAUGUCUCGUAAAGCAACUGCGAAAGAUAUAUACACUCUAACAUUAGAGAUAAAAAAUCCAACCCGAGAUGAUGGUGGUAAUUAUCGAUGUAAUGCAUUUAAUAUGUAUGGAGAAAGUAAUGCAAAUAUCGCGCUGAAUUUCCAAGGUACAAGCGACGCAAAUGGAUUUGCACCCUCGUUUACCGAAAAACCACGUAUCAUACCAAACGACUCUGGUACACUUAUAACGAUGAAAUGUAAGUGCAAAGCGAAACCAGAACCCAACGUAACUUGGUACAGGGGUCAAGAUGUCGUUAAAGAAACCAAGAAAAUAAAAAUAAAAUCGACUUUAGUUUCCGAGGACUUGUACGAACUCACAUUAGAAAUUAAAGAUCCAGGUGCAGCUGACGGUGGUACCUAUAGAUGUAAUGUUCAAAACGAAUUUGGAGAAUCGAACGCAAAUCUUAACUUAAAUAUUGAAGCUGAGCCCGAACCAGAAGGUGAUCCGCCAACCUUCAUUGAAAAGCCCCGCAUUAUAUCAGAAAAUAAUGGCAAACUAGUCAUUAUGGAAUGUAAAGUUAAAGCCGAUCCAAAACCAGAUAUUAUUUGGUUCCGUAAUAAUAUUACAAUUAAAGAAACAAAUAGAAUAAAAAUGUCAAUAGAAACCCGAGGUGGUGAAUAUUAUAUUAAACUUGAGCUUAUCGAUCCACAACUUGAAGACUCUGGAUUAUACAAAUGUAACAUUAAGAAUAAUUUGGGUGAAUUAAAUGCGAAUUUGACACUUAAUAUUGAAAUUGUUCCUGUCAUCAAAGACAAACCGAAAAUUAUUAAAAUUAUUAAAAAACGCACUGUGGUUAUUGAGUGCAUUGUUGCAUCGAAAUUCGAGCCAAAAUGUACUUGGUUCAAGGAAACUAAUGAAGUUCACCAAAGCGAACGUCAUGUCUACCAGUGUGAACAAACUAAAGAAGGCGAAUUUGCAGUUAAGUUGGAAAUAAAUGAAGUACAAGAAACCGAUAAGGGUGCAUAUAAAUUAAUUGCUAAAAACGAAAAAGGUGAAGCAGUUUCACAGAUUGUCAAUUUGGUUGAUAUACCUGAAGAAGAACGCAAAGCAGUUAAGCCCGAAAUCACACGCAAAUUGGUCGAUCAAAAGGUUUACGAAGGCAAAACAUUUGAAUUGCUAGUUGCAAUUAAGCAAGUUGAUAAGAGUUGCAAGGUCACUUGGUACAAAGACACAAUGAUUGUUAAAGAAACGAAAGAAAUAACAACAACAUUUGAUGGAACAACAGCCCGUUUGACAUUUAGCUCAGCCAAAUCGGAACACACUGCCACAUUUAAGUGUAUGAUUAGCAAUGAAAUUGGCAAAGAUGAAUCAUCAUGUAAGAUCGUUGUUGAAAAAAUGGACGCCAAAAAGAAGAAACAGGAAGAGGAGGAAAAGAAGAAACAACAGAAGGAAGCGGAAGAUAAACGAAAGGCUGAGGAGGAAGCAGAAAAGAAAAAGAUCGAGGAAGAAGAAAAGAAAAAGGUCGAAGAAGAAAAGAAAAAGACCGAAGAAGAAAAGAAAAAGGUCGAAGAAGAAAAGAAGGUUGAAGUUGCCAAGAAAAAGAAGGUUGAAGAAGAAAAGAAAAAGGCCGAGGAAGAAAAGAAAAAGGUCGAUGAAGAAAAGAAAAAGGUAGAAGAAGAUAAGAAAAAGACCGACGAGAAAAAGAAGACCGACGAAAAGAAGAAAUUAGACGAGGAAAAGAAAAAGAAGGAAGACGAAAAGAAAAUUGAAGAAGAGAAAUCUAAGAAACUUGUCGAAGAAACUAAGAAAAAAGAAGAGGAGAAAAAGAGCAUUGAUAUUAAGAAAAAGAAAGAUGAAGAUAAGAAAAAACCUGAAGAAAAGAAAAUUGAAAUAGUUGAAAAGGACAAACCCAAUGGAGUUGACACAGUUGACACACCUGAAGAGAAGGGAGAAAAGGAUCAAUUUGGACUCAAGAAAGUUGAACGACGGGAGUCAGAAGAUAAAACUAAACCCAAAACCAAAACCACCGACACAAAACAAAAACCACCACAAAGUGUUGACUCCAGAGAUGAUGAGCCAUCAGAUGAGGAAAGCAUUUCUAUCAAAGAAAAGUCCAAAACAGAAGUUCGUCGAAGUUCAAUUAUUCAACAAACUACUAUCGAAGAUGGAAAAGUUUCCAGACGUUCUUCUAUUCAGGUCGAGGAAUCUAAGACGGAAUCCAGGCGUGCAUCUAUAAUUGAAAAGAAAGCACUUGAGCCAAGUGAGAGUAAGAAACUUGAACCAAAUAAGAAAUCUGUUGAAUUAAAAGAAGAACUUCCAGAAUUGAAACCAAUUGUUAAAAGAAAACCAAAGAAAGUUGAAGAAAUUCAACCAUUGGAAGAACUUCCAAAACUUCGCAAAACAUCAGUGCCAAAAGAAGUUAAAGAAGAACCAAAAGCCGAACCAAAGACUAAGGUAAAGGCUAAGGCAAAGCCUAAGCCCAAAUACGAAGAACUACCAGAGAUUCCAGAUUAUGAACGACCUGUUUUGGAAAAAUAUGAAAAAUCUGAGUUUGAAAAAUCCGAUUUUAGUCGCGAUUUGGGAGUUCCAUCGAAAAUGGAAAAACCACAAAAUGCUGAAAUGAAAAAAGAACCCGAAGAAGUUGCUAUUAAAAAUGGCUUGCCAAAGAAAGAGGAAGCAAAACCAACACCGGCAGAACAGCCAAAACGUCUUUCUAUUGGCAAAGGUAAAGUGCCAACUGAAGCUCCUGAAGAAGAGAAAGCUGCUCUCAAGCCAGUUAUUAUUGUUCCAGAGAAGUCAAUAACGAAUGCUGAAACGGAAGUACCUUUAGACGGUGUCCCAAGAUUAACACAACGUAGACGUUCGUCGUAUUUAAAUGUGCAACCAGUUAAAAAUGAGAAUUUCUUAUCGGUUGUUCUUAAGCCUGUUACCAAGACUACAAAAACGGCAAAAUCUCAACAAGCUAAACAUAUACUUAAGGAGUCUGCUAAAAUGGAAGAAUUCGGUGAUAAGGCUAAAUUUGGCAAAGUAUCUGAUAUGCCAAAAUUCGAAUCAAUACCUGUUAUCAAAGACGAUUAUGUGAAGCCGGAAUUAGAAGUCUUUGAAAAACCUAAAAUUGAAAAGAAAGAACAGCCAAAACCGCCGGCAGUUGAAAUAAAGCCUGUGGUGCCAGUAGUGAUUCAAGAAAAUGCUCCAGUUAAUGAAGAAAAGGAUGAAAAACCAAGAGUGCCACAAAUCAAGGCCCCUCCCGGCCCUGGUGAACCUCCUAAGAUUGAAGUUAUUCGUGAGAAACGACCGUCAUUGGUACCUGGACCUCCAAGUCGUCGAGGAUCCUUGAUUCCACCUCCUGAAGAAAUGGGUCGACGACCAAGUUUGAUCAUCAAUGACGAGUUUAAACGCAAAUUACGGCCGGGUGAAGUUCUCGAGGACAAAAGGUUGUUGAGACCUGGAGAGGUUGCAGGAGAAAUACAGAGGAGGAGACCAUCGGUCGAUGUUAGACGACCAAGUAUUCAGGAUCUUGAAGAGCUUAUUAAUAAACCAUCGACACCAUUGCAUCCAAUUGGCGAUGGUGGCCCACCAACUAUCGUUGACGUACAAGAAUCUUAUUCAGCUGUUGAAGACUCAACUGCUUACAUGACGGUAAAUGUUGAGGGCGCACCAGCGCCCACCUUUAAAUUUUACAAAGGUGUAUCUGAAAUUAUGGAAGGUGGCCGUUUUAAAUUCCUUACCGAUGGCCAAACAAAUUCAAUUACACUAUGCAUGCGCAAAUGUAAGCCCAACGAUGAGGGUAAAUAUAAAAUUGUUGUAUCGAAUAUCCACGGUGAGGAUUCGGCUGAGAUGCAAUUAUAUGUCUCGGAUUCAAGUGGUAUGGAUUUCCGUGCAAUGUUGAAAAAACGUCGUUAUCAAAAAUGGGACAAAGAUGAAAAGGACCCCGAUUGGGGUGACUUAAAGGAAACGGAAAAACCGUUGCCAGCCCUUAAAAAAGUCGAAAAGCCGCCAUCAUCACGUAGACCAUCUUUAGCCGAACUGAUUCCAGAUUGGCCGACACUGCAUCCGUUUCGUCGAGAGGAGAAACAAGAAUCGUUCUUGAGUCCAUUGAUUGAUCAAUUUGCCAAAGAAGGCAAGGAUAAGAAGGUUGUUUUUGAAGGCAGAUUUAGUAAGCCAAAUUGCAAGCCCAAAUGGUUUUUCAGAAAGGACGAACUAUUCACUGGAAGCAAAUGCAAGUUUAAGCAAGAACUUGAUAGUUACCAGCUGAUUAUCAUGAAUCCUAAAGUUGAAGAUAGCGGCAAAUACACUAUUGAAAUCGGCGGCAUCUCAUCCACUGCAUUCCUCAAUGUUGAAGAGGCCGAUCCUAGCUACACGUUCACAAAACCACUGAAAAAGAAAAUUGAAGGUUUUACAAAACACGAAACAGUAUUGGAAUGUGCUGUUAGUAGUUCAAUGGCUAAUGUAUCAUGGUUUAAGGAUAAUGAAAAAAUUGAAGGCAAUGAUGCUCGUUAUUUGAUAUCGAAAGAUGUCAAUGGUAAUCUUAAGCUUAUCAUUAAAGAGAGUGUAAUGGAAGAUGCUGGAAAAUAUUCGUGUCGUCUUGAUAAGCAACCGGAUAAGACUGAUACAACAGUUAAAAUAACUGAAUAUCCUUAUAAAUUUGUUAAAGUACUCAAGUCAUUGCAAUGCAUUGAAAAAGAUACAGUAACAUUAGCUUGUGAAAUCGACGAUGCAACAGGUGACGUUCAGUGGUUUAGGGGAGAUGAAGAAAUUAAACCCGGUGACAAACGUAUGCAAAUUGUUAAGGACGGCCGAAAGCGAAAGCUCAUCAUUAAGGACUGCAAGGUGAGCGAUGCUGGAUUAUUCAAGUGUACGACAAAUGCCGAUAAGACAGAGGCUGAAAUUCUUAUCAAAUAUGAGAAUCGUUUUAACAAAAAACUUAAGGAUACAGCUGCAGUUGAGCGUGAGAAACUUGUGUUAGAUAUUGAACUUCAAGAUUCAACGGCGCCAGCAGAUUGGAAGUUCAAUGGUGAACCAAUCGUACCCAGCGAUCGAAUUGAGAUUAAGAACUUGGGUGGUGGCAAGCAUCAGUUGAUAUUUAAUGCCUUAGACUUGACUGACGCAGGUGAGAUUACUUGUGAGUCCGGUCAGUUAUCAUCGUCAUGUAAGCUGACAGUAAGCAAGGGUGAGAGUAAGCCUGGUAUCGAUUGUCCAGAGGAGUUCGCUGGACCAAUUAACCAACCAUUGGUCAUUGAAGUACCAUACAAGGUUCACGGUACUAAACAAACUCCAGUUGAAGCUAAGCUUUUCAAAGACGACAAACAAUUACCAGUUAAAGAUGUUGAAGUUUCCGUCCAAGACGAUAAGAUUGUAUUCAAAAUUAAGAAACCAACUCGCGACCAAUCUGGGCCUUAUCAAAUUAAAUUAUCGAACGCCCAAGGUGAAGAUGUAAAGAAUGUCAAUAUAAUAAUGCAAGAUGUUCCGUCACCGCCACGUGACGUUGAUGUUUCAGAAGUCUUCCAAACAUCUUGUGUUGUUUCAUUCAAGGCCCCAGAAGAUUUGGGCGGUGCUGAAUUAAUUAAGUACAUAAUUGAACGACAAGAUUUGAGCAAGAAACAGCAAUGGGAAAAUGUCGCUGAGGUUCUACCGGGUGAACCAUUGAAGAAAAAGAUAGAAGAUCUCAUACCGAAAAAACAGUACAGAUUCCGUAUUCGUGCUGUGAACAAAAUUGGUUCUAGUGAACCAGCAGCAUUCAAAAAUACAGUGUUGGCUAAGGAUCCAUGGGAUGAGCCUGGCAAACCUAAGAAUGCCGAUGUUGUUGAUUGGGAUAAAGACCACGCUGAUCUGACAUGGUUGCCACCAGACUCAGACGGAGGUGCACCAAUAACAGGCUAUCUACUUGAGUACAAAGAAAAGUUCAGUAACGAUUGGGUUACGGGUAAAGAAGUACCUGCCGAUUGUUUGGCAGGAACUGUCGAUGGCCUCAAGGAAGGCCAACAAUACGAAUUCCGAGUCCGUGCUGUUAAUAAGGCUGGUCCCGGCGAACCAAGCGACACAACAAAAACCAUAAUUGCUAAGUGCCGAUUUGUCAAACCAUUUAUUGUCGGUGAUGAAUUGAAAAAUGUUACUGUUAAAAAGGGACAGACAAUUAGGUUUGAUAUUAAAUACGAUGGUGAACCAGAACCAGAGGCUAAAUGGGUUAAAGGACAAGAACCAAUUCAAAUCGAUGGUCAGCGCAUAACCGUUGAUCAAUACGAACGUAAUUCUGCAAUAACGAUACGAAAAGCUAUUCGAAAAGAUACUGGCAAGUACAAAAUUGUUCUGACAAAUAGUUCUGGAACAAUAGAAUCGGUUGCCGAUGUCAUUGUACUUGAUCGUCCAUUGGCACCUGGUGGUCCCCUCGAACCUGAAGAGGUACGUUCGGAUCACAUCAAAUUGAAAUGGCGCAAACCAGAAGAUGAUGGUGGUUGUCCAAUUACCGGAUAUGCUCUAGAGCGUAUGGAUGAAGACACCGGUCGCUGGAUACCAGCUGGUGAAGUUGGUCCCGAUGAAACGUCAUUUAAUUUCAAAGGACUAUCACCCAACAAAAAGUACAAGUUCCGUGUCAAGGCAAUCAAUAAAGAAGGCGAAUCUGAACCACUUGAAACUUCCGAUAGUAUUUUGGCUAAGAAUCCUUAUGACGAACCAAGUCGUCCGGGUAAACCAGAAAUUGAUGAUUAUGAUAACCAAUCAGUAACACUGAAGUGGAAACGACCACCAAGCGAUGGUGGACGUCCAAUUACACACUAUCUUAUUGAAAUGAAAGAUAAAUUUUCACCUGAUUGGACUGAGGUUGCCAAAACUGAAACACCUGAAUGUGUUGCUAAAGUUGAGGGAUUAAAAGAAAAAAUGGUAUAUCAAUUCCGUGUUAGGGCUGUUAAUAAAGCUGGUCCAUCGGAAGCAUCUGAACCAACAGAUAAUCAUCUAUGCAAACAUAAAAAUCUUAAACCUCAAAUUGAUCGUUCCACAUUCAAGAAGGUCACAAUCAAGACUGGGCGUACCCACAAAUGGUCAGUUGAUGUUAUUGGUGAACCUGUACCAACUCUCAAUUGGAGUUGGCGCGAUGAUGUUCCUUUAACAAAUACUGACCGCAUUAAGAUUGAGAAUGUCGACUAUCACACUGAUUUUGUAAUUUCAAACUGCGUUCGUAAAGACAGUGGCAAAUAUACAUUGAAAGCAUCUAAUCGUAAUGGCACUGAUACUGAAACUGUUGAAUUAAUAGUUUUGGGCAAACCAAGUUCACCGAAGGGACCACUUUCGGUGACGGAUGUUCAUGCCAAGGGUUGCAAGCUGGCAUGGAAGAAACCAGAAGAUGACGGCGGUGUACCAAUUCAAGAAUAUCAAAUUGAAAAAAUGGACACAGCUACUGGAAAGUGGGUGCGUGUAGGACGUUUGCCUGGUGACAAAGAUCCACCAGAAUUUGAUGUGACUGGCUUGAAUCCUGGAUCGGAAUAUCAAUUCCGUGUUACAGCUAUUAAUGCUGAAGGAGAAUCUGAACCGCUGACGACAAUUGUCGGAGUUGUGGCUAAGGAUCCAUUUGAUGAGCCAAAUAAACCCGGCACACCCGAAGUUGUAGAUUAUGACAACCAUAGUGUUCAACUUAAAUGGAACCCACCGAAUAAUGACGGAGGUGCUCCCAUUGAGAAAUAUAUUAUUGAGAAGAAAGACAAAAAUAAGCCGGAUUGGGAGAAGGCCGGAGAGGUGCCUGGCAGUAUGACAGAAGCUAAAGUAGAUGACUUAAAGGAAUACGGAGAAUAUCAAUUCCGCAUUGUAGCCGUUAAUAAAGCUGGACCAUCUCCGCCAUCGGACGCAAGCAAAAUGCAAAUUGUGAAAUACAAAGCACUGAAACCAAGAAUCGAUCGCACCAAUCUGAAACCGUUUAUUGUUCGCGCUGGAAAGCCCAUAAAAUAUGACGUAAAUGUCCGAGGUGAGCCCCCACCAAAAAUCACCUGGUAUCAAAACGACAAGGAGCUUUCAUCCGAAGGCAAUGUUGAGAUUAAGAACGUUGAUUAUAAUACGAAAAUAGCUAUAAUUGAUUCUGUGCGUAAAAAUACUGGUCUUUAUAAGAUAAAGGCUGUAAACGAGCACGGUGAGGAUGAAGCCGAAGUCGAAGUUAAUAUUUUGGCAGCACCCGGCAAACCAAAGGGACCACUCAAGGUUAAGGAUAUUACAAAAGAUGGUUGCAAACUUAAAUGGGAUAAGCCUGAAGAUGAUGGUGGUAAGCCAAUUACCGCUUAUCAGGUAGAGAAAUUCGACAAGGCUCAAGGCCGCUGGGUACCAGUUGGUCGGACAUCUGGUAAUGAUACUGAAAUAGACGUUAAGGGCUUGCAAGAGGGUCACGAGUACCAGUUCCGAGUUAAAGCUAUCAACGAUGAGGGAGAAUCUGAGCCUUUGGAAACUGAGCAAAGUAUUGUGGCUAAGAAUCCAUAUGAUGCUGCUGGCAAGCCAAGCACACCAGUAAUUGAAGACUACGAUGAAAAGAUGGUUAAAUUGAAAUGGGAGCCACCGAAAAACAAUGGUGGAGCUCCUAUCACUGGAUAUAUCAUUGAAAAGAAGGAUAAGUUUUCGCCACAUUGGGAUGAGGUUCUCACAACUGAUGGACCAGAACCUUCUGCUACAGUCGAUGGCCUCAAGGAAGGCAAUGUCUAUCAAUUCCGUGUCCGAGCAAUUAACAAGGCUGGACCUGGUGAACCAAGUGAUGCAACCGAACCACAUCUUGCCAAACCAAGGAACUUGAAACCAACAAUCAAUCGUGAAAAGAUGAAGAACAUCAAGGUGCGUGCUGGACAAGUUGUUAAACUUGAUGUUGACGUACGCGGUGAACCACCACCAACACUUACCUGGUCUUUCAAGGAAAAAGAAGUCCUUGCUACCGGAAAUAUUCGCAUCGAAAACGAAGACUAUAAUACUAAACUUACCCUUUUGGAUUCGUCACGAAAGGAAAGUGGAGUUUACACAUUACGUGCUGAAAAUAUUAAUGGUGUUGAUGAAGCAACUGUUGAAAUCUUAGUCCUUGACAAACCGGCCAAGCCUGAAGGUCCACUCGAGGUUAGCGAUAUCCACAAGGAAGGAUGUAAAUUGAAAUGGAAAAAACCCAAAGACGAUGGUGGUGUUCCACUCACUGGUUAUGUCAUUGAGAAAAUGGAUGCUACGACCGGUCGUUGGGUACCUUGUGGACAUGUUGAUCCUGAGAAAACCGAACAAGAAAUCAAGGGUCUUGAACCAAAUCAUGCUUAUCAGUUCCGCAUUAAGGCUAUAAAUGAAGAAGGUGAAUCGGAUCCGUUGGAAACGGAGUCCGCUAUAGUUGCCAAAAAUCCAUACGAUGUUGCUGCAGCUCCUGGUCUUCCAGAAUUAGAAGAUUGGGAUGAGCAUCAUGUUAAAUUGAAGUGGGAACCACCAAUUCGAGAUGGUGGUGCUCCAGUAACAGGUUAUAUCAUUGAAGCUAUGGAUAAAGACUCUGGCCAGUUUGUCAAGGUUGCUGAGACGGAUGGACCAGUUUGCAAGGGCACUGUAAAUAAACUUGAGGAGGGUCAACAAUACAAAUUCCGUGUUCGUGCUGUGAACAAAGCGGGACCAUCAGAGCCAUCAGAGCAAACCAACUGGCAUACCGCUAAACCAAGAUUCUUGAAACCUCACAUUGACCGAACUAACCUUAAGGCUGUCAUUGUGAAAGCUGGUCUAUCUAUUAGUCUUGACAUUAAUAUUAAAGGUGAACCAGCUCCUAAAGUCGAUUGGUUCUUCAAGGACGAACCUAUCGUCGCAGACGAUAAUUUGCGUGUUGACAGCGUAGAUUAUAACACUAAAUUCUUUGUUAUGCGUGCCAAACGCAUACAAAGCGGUAAAUACACAAUUAAGGCCAAAAACGAAGUUGGCGAAGAUAUUGCUGAAUUAGAUGUUACAGUUCUGGGCAAACCAGGCAAACCUCAAGGACCACUUGAAGUUAACGACAUUACCAAAAAUGGUUGCAAACUCAAGUGGAAGAAACCUGAAGAUGAUGGUGGUGCGCCAAUUGAUUAUUACGAAAUUGAAAAACUCGACCCACAUACAGGACAAUGGUUACCAUGUGGUAAAAGUUCUGAACCUGAAGCCAAAAUUAUUGGUCUUCAGGAAGGCAAACCUUAUAAAUUCCGGGUACGUGCCGUAAAUAAGGAAGGCGAGUCUGAAGACUUAGAAACCGAAAAGCCAAUCAUAGCUAAGAAUCCAUUCGAUGAGCCAGACAAACCAGGAAGGCCCGAACCAACCAACUGGGAUAAGGACUUUGUGGAUUUGACUUGGGCUCCACCAAAAAGCGAUGGUGGUGCACCAAUUCUCAAGUAUAUUAUCCAAAUGCGAGAUAAAUCGGGACGUGCAUGGGUUGAUGCAGCAACAGUUCCAGGUUCCAGUACAUCCGGUACUGUAACCAAUGUAGACGAAGGACAUGAAUAUGAAUUCCGUAUUGUGGCAGUAAACAAGGCUGGACCAAGUGAUCCAAGUGAUGUUUCAAAAUCUGUUGUUGCCAAACCACGAUUCCUUGCACCACGCAUCGACCGCAAGAAUCUACAAAAGAAAACAUUGCGAAGUGGACAGUUGUUGCACAUUGACGCAGUUGUAAAGGGUGAGCCAGCUCCAGUUGUGACAUGGACUUACAAGGACGCUCCUCUUAAAUCAGUUGAUCGGCUAAAGAUUGAAAAUGAAGACUAUAAGACCACAUUUAUUAUUUCAAAGGUUAGACGUUCUGACAAGGGUAUUUACACUGUUACGGCCAAAAAUGAUUCUGGUGUUGAUACAGUUGACUUAGAGCUAGAAGUGCUAUGCAAACCUUCUACACCUAAAGGACCUCUUAAGGUUUCGGACGUCACAGCUGAAGGUGUUCAUUUAGCUUGGGACAAACCAGAAGACGAUGGUGGAGAACCAAUCGAUCAUUAUGUUAUUGAAAGAAUGGACACUGAAACUGGUCGAUGGGUUCCUGUUUGUGUCACCAAAUUACCUGAGGCCGAUGUAACAGGCUUGACUGAUGGCAAGGAAUACAUGUUCCGAGUAAAGGCUGUCAAUGCCGAGGGUGAAUCUGAACCGCUUGUAACCGAUUCACCAACAACAGCUAAAAACCCAUACCAGGCCGCAGAUAAGCCUGGAAAACCAGAAGUCAAGGACUGGUCUCGUAAUCAUGCUGAUCUUAAAUGGAGAGCACCAGCUGAUGAUAAUGGUGCUCCAAUUACUGGAUAUAUAAUUGAAAAGAAAGAUAAUCUUACCAAUAAAUGGCAGAAGGUUCUUGAAACAAACACUCCAAAAUGUGAAGCUCGCGUCAAUGAUUUAAUUGAGGGACAGAAAUAUCAGUUCCGUGUAAAGGCUGUUAACAAAGGAGGUCAAAGUAAGCCCUCAGAUCCAUCUGAUACAGUUCUAGCUAAAGAUCGUUUUGCUGCACCAAAGAUUGAUCGCUCUAAUCUUAGAGAUAUCACAAUAAAGGCUGGUCAACAUGUUCGUUUGGAUGUCAAGGUUUCUGGUGAGCCACCACCACAUAAAAUAUGGUACCAUAACAAGGCCCGCAUUGAAGACGAUGACUCUAUCAAUGUCGACUUGGAACCAUAUCGCACUAAAUUAAGCAUUCCAAUUGCUAAACGUGCUCACACUGGAAAAUAUACACUUAAAGCUGAAAAUGAUUCCGGUCAUGAUGAAGCUACUAUUGAAAUUACCGUGCUAGAUAAACCAGGUAAACCCGAGGGUCCACUUCGUGUUAGCGACAUUCAUAAGGAAGGUUGCAAGUUGAAAUGGAAUCCACCAUUAGACGACGGUGGCGUGCCAAUCGAUUAUUACAUCGUUGAAAAGAUGGACACAGAAACCGGCAGAUGGCUACCAACUGGUCGUUUCAAGGACCCUCAUGCUGAGAUCAAUAAUUUAGUUCCAGAUCAGGAAUAUAAAUUCCGUGUUCUCGCUGUGAACACGGAAGGCGAAUCUGAGCCACUUGAAACUGAAAAGGCAAUUGUGGCCAAGAAUCCAUUUGAUGAACCUGGCAAGCCUGGAACUCCAGAAGCCACUGAUUGGGAUAAGGAUCAUGUGGAUCUCAAAUGGAAUCCACCACUAAACGAUGGUGGAUCACCAAUUACUGCAUACGCCAUUGAAAAAUGUGAAAAGGGUACUGGAAAAUGGAUCAAGGCCCUUGAAGUUGCUGCUCCACCACCUGGUGGUGAAUGCAAAGCUACUGUGCCAAGUCUUGACGAAAAUACAGAGUACGAAUUCAGAGUUAGAGGUAUUAAUGCUGCUGGCCCUGGUGAGCCAAGUGAUGCCAGUAAAUCUGUCAUAACGAAACCAAGAAAAUUGGCUCCUAAAAUCGAUCGCAGAAACAUACACACAUAUAAUUUCAAAGAGGGUGAACCGAUCUUCUUGGACAUUAAGAUCAUCGGUGAACCUCCACCAGACGUUGUUUGGUCACAUAAUGGCAAAUCAAUUCAGGUUUCAUCAAACCGACGAAUUGAUAAUAUUCCAUACAAUACUAAGUUCUUCAACGACAGCCCUAAGCGCAAGGAUACGGGUACUUACAAGAUCGUUGCACAUAACAAGCAUGGUCAGGAUACCGCCGAAUUCGAAAUCAAUAUUAUUUGUAAGCCUGGCAAACCAGAAGGACCACUUGAAGUAUCCGACGUUCAUAAGGAAGGAUGCAAGCUUAAGUGGAAAAAACCAAAGGACGAUGGUGGUGAACCAAUUGAUGGUUAUUUGAUUGAAAAGUUUGAUCCCGAUACUGGUAUUUGGUUACCAGUUGGUAAAUCUGAUGGACCUGAGUUCAAUGUUGAGGGCUUAACACCAGGACAUGAAUACAAAUUCCGUGUUAAGGCUCUCAAUAAGGAAGGAGAGUCAGAGCCAUUGGAGACAUUUGGAACCAUUGUUGCCAAGGAUCCAUUUACAACUGCUUCAAAGCCUGGUGCACCAGAACCAUCCGACUGGUCGGCUAACCAUGUUGAACUUACAUGGGCUGAACCGGCUAGUGAUGGUGGAUCUCCAAUAACUGGAUACAUUAUUGAAAAGAAAGACAAGUAUAGUCCAAUGUGGGAGAAAGCUUGUGAAACAGACGUACCUACACCAGUUGCAACAGUACAUGGAUUGAUUGAAGGCAAUGAAUAUCAAUUCCGAGUAAUAGCACUUAAUAAAGCUGGCCAAUCAGAACCAUCUGAGCCAGGUAAGACAUUCACGGCUAAGCCAAGAUAUUUGGCACCGAAAAUCGAUCGUCGCAAUCUACGUGAUGUGACAAUAUCAGCUGGAACACCACUCAAAUUCGAUGCAAAUAUUAUUGGAGAACCAGCACCGAAGGUUGAGUGGAGAUUCUCCAACUGCCCAUUGCAAUCCGGAAAGAAUGUGACAAUCGAUAGCCCUGAUUACUAUACAAAGUUAGUAAUAAGACCAGCGAGUCGAUCAGACUCUGGUGAAUAUACUGUAACAGCAACUAACAGUUCUGGUAAGGACACUGUUACGCUCAAUGUUGUGGUGACUGAUAAGCCAACACCACCAUUGGGACCACUUCAAAUAUCAGACAUACACAAAGAAGGUUGCCAUCUUAAAUGGAAACGUCCAAAGGAUGACGGAGGUACUCCCAUCGAAUACUUCCAAAUUGAUAAGAUGGACCCAGAGACUGGUUGUUGGGUCCCUGUUUGUCGUGCUACCGAACCUCAAGCAGAUGUCACUGGACUAACACCUGGUGGUGAAUAUAAGUUCCGUGUAGUGGCUGUAAAUGCUGAAGGAGAAUCGGCUCCACUUGAAGCCGAUGAGACAAUCAUUGCAAAGAAUCCAUUCGAUGAGCCAGGUAAGCCAGAAAAUGUUCGAGCAACCGAUUGGGAUAAGGAUCACGUGGAUUUGGCUUGGACCCCACCAUUAACUGACGGUGGAUCACCAAUUACUGGCUACAUUAUUGAAAAGAAAGACAAAUAUGGCCAAUGGGAGAAGGCUGUCGAAGUGCCUGCUGAUCAAAGCAAAGCAACAGUUCCGGACCUAAUUGAGGGACAAGCAUACGAGUUCCGUGUAAUUGCAGUAAACAAAGCUGGCCCAGGUGAGCCAAGCACGGCAACCCCUUCGAUCAUUGCCAAGCCUAGAAAUAAGGCACCACUCAUUGACCGAACUAACCUUCUUGAAGUACGCAUCAAGGCUGGUCAGAAUUUCACAUAUGACAUUAAGGUAUCCGGAGAGCCCGCACCGAAAACCAAAUGGCUUCUCAACAAACGCGAAGUAUAUCCAAGUGACCACAUCAAAGUCCAACAUGUUGAUUACAAUACUAAAUUGGUUGUACGCAAUGCAAGCCGUUCCGAUUCAGGAACCUACACAAUAACAGCUGAAAACAUUAACGGAACCGAUACGGCUGAUGUGAAAGUUAUUGUCAUUGACAAACCUGCACCACCCAAUGGCCCGCUCAAAGUUGAAGACGUUCAUGCUGACGGAUGCACGCUUAAAUGGUCUCCACCUGAUGAUGAUGGUGGUCAACCAAUUGAAAGCUAUGUGAUUGAAAAACUUGAUGAAAUCUCUGGUCGCUGGGUCCCAGCUGGAGAAACCGAUGGCCCAACAACAAAGUUCAACGUAGAUGGCUUGACACCAGGACACAAGUACAAGUUCCGUGUUAGGGCUCGUAAUCGUCAAGGUAUUUCUGAUCCAUUGACUACACCACAUGCAACGGAAGCUAAGAACCCAUACGAUGAACCCUCGAAACCGGGAACUCCAGUUAUUAAAGAUUAUGACAAAGACUUUGUUGAAUUACAAUGGACACGACCAGAACAAGAUGGAGGAUCACCUAUCACUGGUUACGUCAUAGAGAAAAGAGACAAAUACAGUCCUGAUUGGGAAAAAUGUGCUGAUGUUGAUGGAGAUGUUACAACAGGAAAAGUACCAGAUUUAGUCGAAGGUGUGAAGUAUGAAUUCCGUGUAAGGGCCGUUAAUAAGGCAGGCCCAGGAGCACCAAGUGAUGCUACUCAGCCUCACAUUGCUAGACCGAAGAAUCUAGCACCAAAGAUCGAUCGUCAAUUCAUGAUUGAUAUUAAAGUACGAGCUGGACAAACAUUUGACUUUGAUGUACCUGUUAUUGGUGAACCUCCACCAACAAAAGAAUGGUCACACAAAGAUAACAUGGUGCUUAAUACAGACCGUGUUAAGAUUAUCAAUGAGGAUUAUCGCACUAAGUUGCGUGUUAUCGAUGCCAAGCGUUCUGACACCGGUACAUACACUCUUCUUGCUCGUAAUGUAAAUGGCAGUGAUAAGGCAACUGUAAAUGUUACUGUCUUAGAUAUUCCAGCACCGCCAGAAGGUCCUUUGAGACCAGAAGAGGUUACCAAGAGCUCAAUUACCCUUCGUUGGCGUCCACCAAAGGACGACGGUGGGUCAGAAAUCACCCAUUAUGUUGUUGAGAAAAUGGAUACUGAAACAUUACGUUGGGUGCCAGUUGGAGAUUGUGCCGAUACAUGUAUUCGUGCUGAUAAUUUGAUAGAAAAUCAUGAUUACAACUUCCGUGUUCGCGCUGUUAACAAACAGGGAGAAUCACUACCUCUUGCUACAGCUCAAUCUAUCACUGUUAAGGAUCCAUUUACUCGACCUGAUAAACCAGGACAGCCCACCGCAACCGAUUGGGAUAAGGAUCAUGUAGACUUGGAAUGGGCAGCACCUAAAAAAGAUGGAGGUUCACCUAUUACUAGCUACAUCAUUGAAAAGCGUUCCAAAUUCGGGCCAUGGGAAAAGGCUAUCGAGGUACCUGGUAAACAAACAAAGGCCACUGUACCAGAUUUAUUAGAGAACGAGCCUUAUGAGUUCCGAGUUAUUGCUGUAAACAAAGGAGGGCCAGGUGAGCCGUCUGAUGCUUCAUCAACUGUUGUUACAAAACCUAGAUUUAUUGCUCCAUACUUUGAUAAGAAACUCUUGGAAGAUAUCACCGUACAUGCUGGAAAGCGAUUGGGAUGGGUGCUUCCAAUUGAAGCAUCUCCACGUCCAACAUAUACCUGGAUAUUCGAUGGCAAACCGAUUGAGCAAAGUACACGCGUCGACAUGUCAUUAUUCCAGAAUGAAUUGACAUUUGAAAUACCAUUUUCAACACGAGCCGAUGCUGGUCGUUACACUCUAAAGCUCAAGAACGAACAUGGCGAGUUCACGGCUUCUGCUAAUGCUACAGUCUUGGAUCGCCCAAGCCCACCAAUUGGGCCACUAGACAUAACGAAAAUAACAAAGGACGGUUGUCAUCUGACUUGGCAACAUCCAGAAGACGAUGGAGGCUCUCCAAUUCUUCACUACGUCAUUGAAAAGAUGGAUAUGUCUCGUGGAACUUGGUCUGAUGCAGGUAUGAGUACGCAUCUAGUACAUGACGUAACUCGCCUUAUUCACAAAAAAGAAUACCUCUUCCGCGUGAAGGCUGUCAAUGCAAUCGGAGAGUCUGAACCACUUGAAGCUGGAAAGAGUAUUAUCGCUAAGAAUGACUUUGACGAACCAGAUGCACCUGGAAAACCAGAUGUCACAGAUUGGGAUCGUGACCAUGUUGAUUUACGCUGGGCCGAGCCUAAAUCUGAUGGUGGUGCACCACUUACCGAAUAUAUUAUUCAAAAGAAAGAGAAAGGUACUCCAUACUGGGUGAAUGUGGUACAUGUCCCACCAAACAAGACAGCCGCAACUGUGCCAGAAUUGACAGAAGGACAAGAAUAUGAGUUCCGUAUUAUUGCUUGCAAUCCUGCGGGUCAAUCUGAACCUUCAGAACCAUCAGAUAUGGUUACAGCUAAGGCUCGUUUCCUUGCACCUAAGAUUAUCACACCACUUCAUGAUAUACGUAUCAAGGCUGGACUUAUAUUCCACAUUGAUAUCGAUUUCAUUGGAGAACCAGCACCGGAAGCAAUUUGGGAUCGCAAUGCCAUACCUGUGGCCACAAAUGAGAGAACAACUGUUACAUCCAUUGGUCAUCACACAGUUGUGCAUACUGUUAAUUGUAAGCGGGAAGAUUCAGGAACCUAUCAUUUGCUGCUUAGAAACGAUUCUGGUAUCGAUGAAGGUUCAUUCCAAUUAAUUGUUCUUGACCGUCCAGGUCCACCAACAGGACCAAUGGAAUACGAAGAAAUAACUGCCAAUUCAGUCACAAUUUCAUGGAAACCACCAAAGGAUAAUGGCGGUUCAGAGAUAUCUGCAUAUGUGAUUGAGAAACGUGAUUUGACACACGGUGGCGGUUGGGUACCAGCUGUGACUUACGUCAAUGCCAAAUACAAUCAUGCUGUUGUGCCACGUUUAUUAGAAGGCACUCAAUAUGAAUUCCGUGUUAUGGCAGAAAAUCUGCAAGGACGUUCUGAACCUUUAACCUCUGAAGAACCAGUGAUUGCUAAAAAUCAAUACAGCACUCCCGGUCAACCUGGAAAACCAGAGCUUACAGACAGCGACAAGGAUCAUAUUUCAAUCAAAUGGAAGCCACCAAUCAGCAAUGGUGGAUCAUCAAUCAUCGGUUAUGACAUUGAACGCCGUGACAAGGCCACUGGAAGAUGGAUCAAAAUUAAUGCUGAACCAGUUCCAAAUAAUAAUUACACAGAUGAUCGUGUAACUGAUGGUCAUCAAUACGAAUACCGUGUCUCAGCAGUCAAUGCUGCUGGAAAUGGUAGACCAUCGGAACCAUCAUCGGUUCUGUCAGCUAAGCCAAUGCGUGAGAAGCCACGUCUAUUUUUGGAUGGUUUGAUUGGACGUAAAAUUAAAGUCCAUGCUGGAGAGCCUGUUUGUAUUCAUAUUCCAAUUCAAGGCGCCCCAACUCCAACUGUUGAAUGGGCUAAGUCAGGUAUUAAGUUAACGGAGAGCAACAAAAUCUCAUUCCAGACAAGUCCAGAAGAAACCGUAUUCCGCAUUGAAGAUUCCGUACGCGGAGAUGCCGGUACUUACAAUGUUACCGCAAGCAAUGCAUUUGGCAAGGAUAGUGCCGAUAUUCAGGUUAUUGUCGUCGAUAAGCCUGAUCCACCAGAAGGCCCAUUGACAUACACUGAAACAUCACAGGACCACAUUUCACUAUCAUGGCAUCCACCAAAGGAUGACGGUGGUGGUGAUAUUACCGGAUACGUUGUUGAACUUUCGGAAUAUGGAGUUGAUGCUUGGCGUCCAGUACCUGGUUUCUGUCCAAGAACUGCAUUCACCGUUAAGGGAUUGACAGAAGGAAAGAAAUAUGUAUUCCGCGUCAGUGCUGAAAACAUUUACGGAGUCUCAGAGCCACUGGAAGGCAAGCCAGUUGUAGCUAAGUCACCAUUUGACCCACCAGAUGCACCAAGUCAACCUGAAGUUGUAGCAUACAGUCCAUCCUCAGCUUCACUAGAAUGGCAUCCACCAGAGUAUUGUGGUGGCAAACCAAUUACAGGAUAUAUUGUAGAGCGCCGUGAGCGUGGAGGUGAAUGGAUCAAGUGCAACAACUACCCAACACCAAAUACCAGUUACACAGUUCAAGACCUACGUGAUGGCUCGAGGUAUGAGUUCCGUAUUACUGCUGUCAAUGAAGCUGGACCUGGCAAACCAUCCAAGCCAUCAGAACCAAUGACUGCCCAACUACAACGCUACAAACCAGAUCCUCCAGAACCACCAAAGGCCGAUCGUAUCACAAGAAACAGUGCUACUUUGUCAUGGAGACCACCAAGAAGUGAUGGAAAAUCCAAGAUCAAGGGUUAUUACCUCGAAAUGAAACCGAAGGGUUCAAAGGAUUGGGUUCCAAUAAACGAACUACCAAUUCAUAACUUAUUGUACACAGUACCAGACUUGCAGGAAGGACAAGAAUAUGCAUUCCGUGUUAUUGCUGAUAACGAAGUCGGCCGAUCAGAUCCAUCCAAACCUUCCAACCCAAUUGUUAUUGGUGAACAACCAAACAAACCAUGCAUGGACUUGGGUGGAGUACGCGAUAUCAUUGUUCGUGCUGGAGAAGAUUUCAGUAUUCACGUACCAUAUGUAGGCUUCCCUAAGCCUACUGCCACAUGGCAUGCUAAUGACUUACUAUUAGACGAUGAUCAGCGUAUGUUCCAAAAUUUGACAGAUGAUGCCGCAAGCUUUGUUGUUAAAAACUCUAAGCGCAGUGACUCUGGUCAGUACCGUUUGCAACUGAAAAAUCCAUCAGGUUUUGAUACUGCAACGAUUAAUGUUAAGGUCCUUGAUCGUCCAAAGCCUCCAACCAACUUGCGUGCGGAUGAAUUUGCCGGUGAUGCUCUGACGCUUUACUGGAAUCCACCAAAGGAUGACGGCGGAUCACCAAUAAGUAAUUACAUUAUUGAAAAACGAGAACGAGGAAGUCACACUUGGUCAAAGGUCAGCAGUUAUUGCACAGUGCCUUUCGUUAGAGUACGCAACCUUACAAUUGGAAGGGAUUAUGAAUUCCGUGUCAUAGCUGAAAACAAAUACGGACAGUCUGAACCAGCCGAAACAGAGCAACCAAUCCGUGCCAGACAUCCAUUUGAUGUGCCCGGAGCUCCAGGUAUUCCUAGGGGAAUUGAUUCAACUGAAGAUUCUAUUACAAUUACAUGGGCAAAACCACGUCACGAUGGCGGAUCACCUAUUACUGGAUAUGUUAUUGAAAAACGUUUGCUUUCUGAAGACAAAUGGACCAAGGCCAUUCAAGCACACUGCCCAGAACUCACAUGCAAAAUUCCUAAUCUAAUCGAGGGUGGAGAGUAUGAAUUCCGUGUAUCAGCCGUGAAUGCUGCUGGACAAGGACCAUUUAGCUCAUCUUCCGACGGAAUUAUAUGCCGUUCACCACCAUCGGCACCAAGGAUAACAUCGGACUUGAAGAUUCGUGACAUCAUUGUUUGUGCUGGAGAAGAGUUCCGCAUAACAGUGCCAUUUAAUGGUAAUCCAAGACCAAAACCAGCAUGGUCAAUCAAUAAUAGAGAAAUUUUCCAAGACGAUCGCAUCAAAUUCGAGACGACAGAUUACAAUACAGUUUAUCAUAAUAAGAGUGCCAAGCGAAACGAAACAGGUUCUUAUCAAAUCACAUUAACUAAUUCCGAAGGCUUUGAUACAGCUGCCUGUCAUGUGACAGUUGUUGACAGACCUGGUGCUCCACAAGGACCACUUUUGGCUUCGGACAUUACACCAGACAGUUGCACACUUUCAUGGAAAUCUCCAUUAGAUGAUGGAGGUUCCCCAAUAACAAACUAUGUUGUUGAAAAAAUGGACAACAAUGGAAUAUGGAUCAAAGUUAGUAGCUUUGUACGAAAUACACACUAUGAUGUCAUGGGACUAGAACCAAAUAAGAAAUACAACUUCAGAGUACGAGCUGAAAAUCGAUACGGAUUAAGUGAGCCACUUGACUCCGAGGAGCCUGUAUUGGCUAAAUAUCAGUUCACUGUUCCCGAUGCUCCAGGUCAACCAAAGGUUAUCGACUGGGAUUCUGGAAAUGUAACAUUAAUUUGGGAUCGUCCAUCAUCAGAUGGUGGUUCACGUAUUCAAGGAUACCAAAUUGAAUACAGAGACGUUGCAAAUGACACAUCAUGGAAUACUUAUGAAUUCCUUAUUAAAGACACAAAAUACCAGUUAUAUAAUCUUGUGAAUGGACAUGAAUACGAAUUCCGUGUUAAGGCGAAGAAUGCUGCCGGUUUUAGUAAGCCAUCUGCUCCUUCAAUGAAAUUCAAAUUGAAGGGCAAAUUCAAUGUUCCUUCACCACCAGGAACUCCUCAGGUGCUAAAGGUUGGCAAAAACUAUGUCGACCUCAAAUGGGCUAAGCCUGAUAAUGAUGGAGGUUCCAGAAUAACAGGUUACAUCAUUGAACGUCGUGAUAUUGGCGGUGCAAUCUGGGUUAAAUGCAAUGACUACAAUGUCUUGGAUACUGAAUACACAGUUAUUAAUCUGAUUGAAAUGGGAGACUACGAAUUCAGAAUAUUCGCUGUUAAUGCGGCCGGACGAUCCGAGCCCAGUUUAUGUACCAUGCCAAUCAAGGUAUGUGAGGUUCUGGGUGGAGAGAAACCCGAAUGGGUUACACGUUUGCAAGAUCGCGUUGCACCAUUCGGAAAAUACUUCAUGUUGCAAUGCCAAGCCACUGGCAAACCAGAACCAACAGCAAGAUGGUUACGUAAUGGAAAAGAAAUUCAAAUGGGUGGACGAUUUACCAGCGAUUCUAAGGAAGGUGUGUUCAGAUUACACAUUUCAGAUGUACAAUCAACAGAUGAAGGUGAUUUCACAUGUGAAGCAAUUAAUUCACUUGGUUUCGUCCAUACAACAAGUCAUCUUAAGAUUGGAUCACCACCAGUCAUUACCAGAAUUCCCAAUGAACUAUACUUGCCAGAAAAUGAUAAUGCUAAGAUCAAGGUUUAUUACACAGGCGAUCAACCAAUUCAAAUUACAAUCACUAAGAACAACGAAACUCUUAAGGAAACAGCCAACUUUAAGUUUACAACUUUCGACGAUUUUGUUGCUAUUUGCAUUCGCGAUGUUAACAAAGAUGAUGCUGGUGUUUAUGGCAUUGAAUUUAAGAACGAAAGUGGAGUUGCUGUUGGAAACUUUGAUGUUCGAAUCACAGGUUUACCUGGACCACCAGUUGGCCCAAUGGGAAUUUCCCAUAUUAACAAACAUUCAUGUACAUUAGCCUGGCGCCCACCAGCAUAUGAUGGUGGCUUACGAGUAACACAUUACGUCGUUGAACGUAAGGACACAAGCUCAUCACAUUGGAUAACUGUUUCGAGUUUCUGUAAGGAACUCUCGUACGUUGUUCAAGGUCUUACCGAAAAUCAAGAAUAUAUCUUCCGCGUUAUGGCAGUCAAUGAAAACGGACUGGGAGCUCCAUUAGAAGGCUUGAAUCCGAUUAAAGCAAAGGCACCAUUUGACCCACCUUCACCACCCGGAAUACCAAAGGUCACAGAAAUUGGCGAAGAAUUCGUCCAUUUGGAAUGGGAUAAGCCCGAAUCUGAUGGAGGCGCUCACAUUCAAGGAUACUGGAUCGAUAAACGUGAGGCCGGCAGCUCUGCCUGGCAACGUGUUAAUAUAACAAUAUGUCCUACCACACAAAUCAAUUGUCCAAAUCUUAUCGAAGGCCGACAAUACGAAUUUAGAGUGUUCGCACAAAACGAAGCUGGUUUAUCUAAAGAAUCUACUGCAUCGACAUCUGUUAAGAUUGUCGAUCCUAAGGCUGCUACACCACCAUUAAUUGUCAAACCAUUGCGUGAUGCAAAUUGCAUUCAAAAUCACAAUGCACAAUUCUCAUGCACAAUUACUGGUGUUCCAAAACCAGUCAUUUCAUGGUACAAGGGCGCACGCGAAAUUUCAAAUGGCGCUAGGUAUCAUAUGUACGCUGAGGGAGAAACCUACUUCCUAACAAUUAAUGAUGUGUUUGGAGAAGACGCUGACGAAUAUGUUUGCAGAGCUGUCAAUAAGGCAGGUGCAAAGUCAACUCGGGCCUCACUUGUUAUAAUGACUGCUCCUAAAUUGAAUAUUCCACCGAGAUUCCGCGACACAGCCUACUUCGAUAAGGGUGAAAAUGUCGUUAUUAAAAUUCCAUUCACUGGAUAUCCAAAACCACGCAUUAACUGGAUUCGUGAAGGUGAAACUAUCGAAUCUGGUGGACACUACCAUGUGGAAGUUAAGGAGCGUCAUGCCAUUUUGACCAUUCGUGAUGGUUCGAAACUUGAUUCCGGACCAUACAGAAUUACAGCUGAAAAUGAACUUGGUUCUGAUACAGCUAUUAUUAAAAUACAAAUCAGCGAUCGCCCUGAUCCACCAAGAUUCCCAACGGUCGAAAACAUCGGAACCGAUUCUCUUUCGUUGAGCUGGAAAACUCCAGUAUGGGAUGGUGGAUCGAACAUUACAAAUUAUUUGGUGGAGAAACGUGAACACCCAAUGUCAUCAUGGAUUCGCGUAGGAAAUACACGUUUCACGUCGAUAGCUGUCACUGGCUUAGCACCGGGACACCAAUAUGACUUUAGGAUAUACGCAGAAAAUGUAUACGGUCGUUCUGAUUCAUCAGAAGUUAGCACAUUGAUAACGACCAAAGACACAGGCAAAAAGAAGAAGCAAGAAAAGAAAUGGGAAAUUGAUGAAAACGGCAAAAAGGUUCGCGGCAAGGCCGAUGGCCCCAUCAAGGACUAUGACUCUUAUGUAUUUGACAUAUAUUCUAAAUAUGUGCCACAACCGGUUGAGAUUUCCCAUGAUAGCGUUUAUGAUCGUUAUGAAAUUUUGGAAGAAAUCGGAACCGGUGCUUUCGGUGUUGUACAUCGUUGUCGUGAACGAAGCACAGGCAACAUUUUCGCGGCCAAAUUCAUUCCUGUAUCACAUGAAAUUGAAAAGGACUUGAUUCGUCGCGAAAUUGAUAUAAUGAAUCAAUUACAUCAUCAAAAAUUGAUAAAUCUCCACGAUGCCUUCGAAGAUGACGAUGAAAUGGUCUUAAUUUUCGAAUUCUUAUCUGGUGGGGAACUAUUCGAACGUAUCACAGAUGAAGGCUACACUAUGUCAGAGUCUGAAGUUAUAAACUACAUGCGCCAGAUAUGUGAAGGUGUCAAACAUAUGCACGAGAAGAAUAUCAUCCAUUUGGACAUUAAGCCCGAAAACAUUAUGUGCCAAACAAGAAGGAGCACAAAUGUCAAAUUGAUUGACUUUGGAUUAGCCACUAGACUAGAUCCCAAUGAAGUAGUGAAAAUAACUACUGGAACAGCUGAAUUUGCUGCUCCAGAAAUUGUUAACCGUGAACCAGUUGGCUUUUACACUGACAUGUGGGCACUUGGUGUUCUUUCAUAUGUCCUUUUGAGUGGACUUUCACCAUUUGCCGGUGAAAAUGAUAUAUCAACUUUGAAGAACGUCAAGGCCUGUGAUUGGGACUUCGACGAAGAAGCCUUCCGACACAUUUCCGAGGAAGGCAAAGACUUUAUCCGUUCACUGCUUGUAUCUAACAAGGAAAAACGUAUGACAGCUCAUGAAUGCUUAUUACAUCCAUGGCUGACCGGUGAUCACAGUGAUCGUACACAAAAGAUUGCUCGCGAGAAAUACCUUGCCUUCCGUGACAAACUACGAAAGAAGUAUGAAGACUUUAACAAAUAUCUUCUGCCAAUUGGACGACUAUCUGAAUAUUCGUCGUUGCGUAAGCUUCUUAUGGAAAAGUACAAAAUCCAUGAAACGUCAAUCGAUAGAAGGCAAGCUGCCCCAAGAUUUGUCAUCCGUCCAUCAUCUCAAUUCUGCUACGAAGGCCAAAGCGUUAAGUUCUAUUGCCGCUGCAUUGCUAUUGCUACUCCAACUUUAACUUGGUCACAUAACAACCAAGAACUUCGACAGAGCGUCAAAUACAUGAAACGUUAUGCUGGUGACGAUUAUUACUUCAUCAUAAACCGUGUCAAACUUGAAGAUCGUGGCGAAUACAUUAUUCGUGCUGAAAACCACUAUGGUUCUCGUGAAGAAGUUGUAUUCCUCAAUGUUCAACCACUACCAAAACAACCACCAGUUUAUAGACACGAAUCGACACCAGUUCGUAGACGUGAGCCACUGCCAUAUACAUUCUGGCAGGAAGAAUCAGAGUCGGCGCCCAGUUUUACAUUCCUAUUACGUCCGCGUGUCAUGCAAGCUCGCGAUACAUGCAAAUUACUUUGUUGUUUAAGCGGAAAGCCCGUACCUACUGUCAAAUGGUACAAGGAUAGACGUGAGCUCAGCAAAUACGAAUACUCAAUGACACAUUCAGAUGGCGUUGUCACUAUGGAAAUUAUUGACUGUAAGCCAUCAGAUUCAGGAAAAUACUCAUGCAUUGCUACUAAUUGCCAUGGCACCGAUGAAACAGAAUGUGUGGUUAUUGUAGAAGGAGAAUGGGUUACACCCGAGCAGGCAGAACUUGCUCACAAUUUCUUAUAUUCAGGAGAUCGAAAGUACAUUGAACAGCCUAUUAAGCCAGCUCCACCACCAAUUGUGACAGUGCGUCAGGUGACAUCUAAUGUCAAUACCAAUACCAGUACUUCAAAUUAUUCCUCCACUUCCCACAAUUCACUAUCAUCAUCUAGCAAGACUGUCAGUAACAACUCAAGUUCCUUUUCAUCAACAAACGUUUCAUCAGACUCAACAAGUACGAAAAAGAAGAAGUAUGGUUUGAAUGCUCCAGGUUCACCAUCAAGAUCACGAAGUGCUACUAAAGAGCUAAUACUACCACCUGAUGAUUCAUUAAUGUGCAAGCCACAAUUUUCAAAACCACUAAAGGAUCUUACGAUUAAGGAUGGCGAACAACUAUUGCUAACAUGCACAGUUGAAGGUGAUCCAGAACCACAAAUUACAUGGUCCAAAAACGGAAAGGCAAUUUCAUCAUCAGAAAUUAUGGAUUUGAAAUAUAAAAAUGGCGUCGCUACCUUAACCAUCAAUGAGAUCUUCCCUGAAGAUGAAGGCAUAUUUACUUGUACGGCAACAAAUUCAAUUGGAUCAGUAGAUACCAAAUGCAAGCUGACUGUAAAACCAAUGGAAAAGAAUUCAGCUAAACGUACAGCUAGCGGUGAUAAACCACCCAAAAUUGCCAGUCACCUUGAAUCACGAUUUGUCAAAGAUGGUGAAGCAGUAACACUCGCUUGUCGCAUCAUUGGCGCCGAACAUUUCGACGUUGUUUGGCUACACAACAACAAAGAAAUCAAACCCUCAAAGGACUUCCAAUACACAAACGAAGCAAAUAUUUACAAACUACAAAUUGCUGAAAUUUUCCCUGAAGAUGCUGGCACAUACACCUGCGAAGCAUUUAACGAUGCUGGCGAGAGUUUCAGUACAUGUACAAUAAAUGUAUUAGUACCAGGAGAGGAACCAAAACAACCAACUUUCACUAAAUUCCCAUCUUCGGUGACAGUUCAAGAAACCGAAUCGUGUACGUUCGAGUGUGAGACACAAGAAACUCCACUUCAAUUGACUUGGUUUAAGGAUGGCAAACAAAUUGACGAAGCAAGUUCCAGAUUUAAGUUUAUCAAAGAUGGAAAUAAGUACUCUUUGGAAAUUGUUAAAUGUACAGCUACCGAUGUUGGACAAUAUCAAGCCAAGGCAAUCGGCAAGAAGGGUGAAACCUUUGCUUCAUUCUCAGUUAAUGUAUUUAAUAACUGAAAUUGAAAAAAAAAACUCCUAACUACUACCUACUACGAAAAAAAAAAAAUAA